ACCUACCUCGCGUUCCUUAAACGGAAAAGAGGGGAGAACCCCAAGCCUCUUCUUCUCUCCGUGGUAUCGUCUCGGCUCGGCGCGCGAAAUUACGGUUCGGUCCCUCGCGGCGGCCGCCUUCCUUCCUCCUCUUCCCUUUGCGUGCGCGCGUCGCCGAUCCGGGGGAGCGAUGGUGGAUACGCGGCGGAGCGCCGCGGCGAAGCGGCGGGCGUCGUCGGAGGAGGCGGCAUCGCCGGCGACGGAUGGGGCUGCGGCGGGGGCGGGGGCGGCGGGGAGUUCCACGCCUCGGAGGCGGUCGGGGAAGCGGGCGAAGGCGGAGGCGACGGUAGGGACUCCCGCGGCGAAGGCGGGGGGAGCAGACGCGACGGCGGCGGCGGCGAUAGAUGUGAUCGAUAGCUCGGUGGAAAACCUGCACGGUGUGGCGAGGCCCACGGGCGCCGUACCGGCGUCGUCAACGGUGUCCAACUCUGGAGUGAAGAAGAAAAGGACAAAGUAUAUAAAUGUUCCAUCAGCGGAAGAACUCUCACUCUGGAAGGCAAGGCAGGCGGUGGCGAACGGGCGUGCUGAGGCUUGGGGAAGACUGAUUUCUCAAUCUUCCGAGUCUCCUUCAGUACCUAUUUAUACUACUCAUUUUACGGUUGGCCAUGGUGGAAAUUAUGAUUUGAGGCUGACAGAGUCAUUUCCUGGAUCACUUAUUUGCAAAUUGAAGCAUGUUAAGAGGGGUGCUGCUCUUGAGAUUUACGUAUCUAAAGCUGUCCAUGUAAAUGGGAAGGUAUUAGAUAAGACUGCUAAGGUCACAUUGGUUGGAGGCGAUGAAGUUAUUUUUAGUUCACUUGGGAGACAUGCUUAUAUAUUUCAGCAACUUCCAGAGGAAAGAUCAAGCACAUCAACAUUUUCGGCCACAUGUGCUUUUCAGCAAGGGCAAUAUCCAGUUACCAAAGGUACAUUGGAUGUAUCAUCUAAAGGAGCCAAGCUAUCAGUAAUGCCCUUUAACUUUGGAAAUGGCCGCCCUCCGUUGGUUCCUCAUGAUACAGAGAUAGUCAGCAGUUUAUGUAAAACAAUGGAGGAACAGAGCCAGCUUGCUUCUGAAGAAAAUUUACAGGUUGCUCAACAUCAACUGUUGAAAGAGGAUCUGAAGAAGGUGGUCGUUAAUGCAAGUGAUAUAUCAGAUUCAUUUGAUAGUUUUCCAUAUUAUCUGAGUGAGAAUACCAAAAAUGCUCUCCUGUCUUCAGCGUAUGUAAACUUAUGUUGCAAGGAAUCCAUCAAAUGGACAAAACAUAUAUCUUCUCUUUGCCAACGGGUAUUAUUGUCUGGUCCAGCUGGAUCUGAGAUAUACCAAGAAUCAUUAGUGAAGGCUCUUACCAAACACUUUGGUGCUAAGCUGCUCAUUAUAGAUCCUUCGUUGCUGGCGAGUGGACAGUCUUCAAAGUCGAAGGAAUCUGAGUCGUACAAAAAAGGAGAUAGGGUGAGAUACAUUGGUUCAGUACAAUCAACAGGGAUUAUCCUUGAGGGACAAAGAGCUCCAGAUUAUGGCUCACAAGGUGAAGUUAGGCUUCCUUUUGAGGAAAAUGAAUCCUCGAAAGUUGGAGUCAGAUUUGAUAAAAAGAUUCCUGGUGGCAUUGAUCUUGGAGGCAAUUGCGAGGUUGACCGUGGUUUCUUUUGUCCAGUUGAUUCUCUUUGCCUCGAUGGCCCAGGAUGGGAAGAUAGAGCUAAACAUCCAUUUGAUGUAAUAUACGAGUUUGCUUCCGAAGAAAGUCAGCAUGGUCCUCUGAUACUAUUUUUGAAGGAUGUUGAGAAAAUGUGUGGAAACAGUUACUCCUAUCAUGGCUUAAAGAAUAAGAUUGAAAGUUUCCCAGCUGGUGUUUUUAUUGUUGGGUCCCAGAUCCAUACUGACAGUCGGAAAGACAAGUCAAACAGUGGCUCUCCUUUCCUUUCAAAAUUCCCAUACAGCCAAGCAAUACUCGACCUCACCUUCCAGGAUAGCUUUGGUCGGGUGAAUGAUAAAAACAAAGAGGCUCUGAAGAUAGCGAAGCAUCUGACUAAACUCUUCCCAAAUAAAGUGACAAUACAAACACCGCAGGAUGAAUUGGAACUCUCACAGUGGAAACAGCUAUUAGACCGUGAUGUUGAAAUUCUGAAGGCAAAAGCUAACACGUCAAAGAUCCAGUCGUUCUUAACCCGCAAUGGUCUGGAAUGUGCUGACAUAGAGACAUCAGCAUGUGUUAAAGAUCGAAUCCUUACAAAUGAAUGCGUCGAUAAAGUCGUUGGUUAUGCUUUGAGUCAUCAAUUUAAACAUAGCACAAUCCCAACUCGUGAAAAUGAUGGAUUACUUGCCCUUUCUGGUGAAAGCCUUAAGCAUGGAGUUGAGCUGUUGGAUAGCAUGCAAAGUGACCCUAAAAAGAAGAGCACAAAAAAAUCACUUAAGGAUGUAACGACAGAGAAUGAAUUCGAAAAACGGCUUCUUGGUGAUGUGAUCCCUCCAGAUGAGAUAGGUGUUACCUUUGAGGACAUUGGAGCACUAGAAAAUGUCAAGGAAACUUUGAAGGAACUAGUGAUGCUUCCGUUGCAAAGGCCCGAAUUGUUCUCCAAAGGACAACUUAUGAAGCCAUGUAAGGGAAUAUUGCUUUUUGGCCCACCUGGUACGGGGAAGACCAUGCUUGCUAAAGCUGUUGCAACAGAGGCUGGCGCCAAUUUUAUCAACAUAUCAAUGUCUAGUAUUGCUUCAAAGUGGUUUGGCGAGGGUGAGAAAUAUGUCAAAGCUGUGUUUUCACUUGCAAGCAAAAUUGCUCCUAGUGUCAUUUUUGUGGAUGAGGUUGAUGGCAUGCUGGGUAGAAGGGAGAACCCAGGGGAACAUGAAGCUAUGCGCAAGAUGAAAAAUGAGUUUAUGGUAAAUUGGGAUGGUCUGAGAACAAAAGAUAAAGAACGCGUAUUAGUACUUGCUGCCACCAAUAGACCAUUUGAUCUUGAUGAAGCUGUUGUUAGGAGGCUCCCCAGGAGGUUGAUGGUGAAUUUGCCAGAUGCAUCCAAUAGAAAAAAGAUUCUUAGCGUAAUACUGGCCAAAGAAGAUUUGGCUGAUGAUGUAGAUCUGGAAGCUCUGGCUAACUUGACUGAUGGUUAUUCAGGCAGUGAUAUGAAGAAUCUGUGUGUAACUGCUGCACAUUGCCCCAUAAGGGAGAUCCUUGAAAGAGAGAAGAAGGAGAGAGCAUCAGCAGAAGCAGAAAAUAAACCAUUACCUCCCCCUCGUUCUAGCAGUGAUGUUCGUUCCCUAAGAAUGAACGAUUUCAAACAUGCACAUGAGCAGGUAUGUGCAAGUAUAACAUCUGAUUCGAGAAAUAUGACUGAGCUUAUUCAGUGGAACGAUCUAUAUGGAGAAGGCGGGUCCAGGAAGAAGACUUCUCUAAGCUACUUCAUGUAGCCUAUCGCUAGCCUAUGUACAUACAACAUAAGCAUUAGCGUAAAGCGGUCCGGGAGAUAGACAAGAAAUAGCUCUUCUGUUGUUGUUCAUGUAUAGGUGAUACCCAGUCAAAUUAGUCGUUGAUCUCUCUAUUCAUGUCAACUGUAAGUUCGUUAGGCCGAAGUGUAGCGUAGAAAAACCGGUUUGGAACUUGAACUAUCAAGCCUGUAAGCCUGACCAUCAGAUCGGUUGAUUUAUGUCGACAGCCAGUGCAAUUCAUUUAAUCAAUUGAUGCUCGUAUCUCUGCAGUUCAAUUGGUA